AUGGCAAACAAGGGAGCCUACGCCGCCAUCGAAAUCGAUGAUGACGAUGAGCUGCAAUUCCAGAGCUUCGCGUCGUCUUCCGCAUCACCCAACGCAACCGGGAAUAUCUCAUCCUCCAACAGCACGCCACAGCCCCGACCCACUGGAUUCGGAGGUACUGGAGCGUUUGACCCACACAGGAGCAUCCAGGACCAAGCGGGCGCGAGACCCAUCUGGUCUGUCGAGUACUAUUCGAAGUUCUUUGACGUCGACACCGCCCAGGUGAUGGAGAGAUGUUUCGCAAGUGUCAUCCCCAAGGAAAACUUUUUGGAUGUCAUGCAAGGCAGCCCCGACCUCUAUGGCCCGUUCUGGAUUGCAACGACGGUAGUGUUCGUCCUCUUCGUGAUCUCCUCCAUCGUCGAAUCCAUUAACGCCUACGCCGCAGGAACUCCCUACAGAUACGACUUUACCGCCCUCACCUUCGCAUUUGGAACAAUCUACUCCUACGCUUUCCUCGUCCCCACCGUCAUCUGGGGCGCAACCAAAUAUUUCGGCUGCCAGCCCGACCUCCUCGACAUGUUAGCCCUCUACGGGUACGGGCUUACUAUCUGGAUCCCCGUGGCAGUGUUGUGUGUGCUGCCAUUUGACCUGUUGCGGUGGGGGCUGGUAAUUCUUGGCGCCGCUGCGUCGGGCUUGUUCCUUGUGAGGAAUAUGUACCCGGUUCUGUCGAGGGCUGAGGCGCAGACGAGCAAGAGUAUUUUGAUCCUUGUUGUUGCGUUGCAUGGGCUUUUGGCGCUCGUGUUGAAGUACAAGUUCUUUGCGUACACUGUUACCGCUCCUUCUCAACCCCCUGCUCCUACUCGUUAA